AUGGCGCUUAGCGUAAGUUCUCCCGCUGCAUCGCACACAUAUUAUGUAAUCCAUAAACAGCCUCUCCUCCUCUCUCUGUCGCACGGUGUGCACUCCCCUCCUCUCUAUCCCUGCCAGUCUCAUGUUCCACAAUGCGCUGGCCUCUUCUCUUUGGAGGUCUUCUUCUAUAGUCUAGAUGAUAUAUAUAUAUAUAUAUACCGUACGUACAUGCUAUAUAGCAGCAUGUUAGAGAGCCAUCACUUAUGCGAAGGCUACUUUAUAUCUGACACUUUGAGUUUAUGCUUUGGAACGUCCUCUCCAGGAAGAGUCUGGGACCGGCUUCCUGGAGCUUUGCCGAAGGACUCGCGACCGCCGCGCCCUCUCGCCAUGGAAGGCCUCGAGCGCGCGGGAGACGAGUCUAUGGAAGAUGUCUUCCUCCAGGAUGACCUUUGCCCGACCAUCGCAGAGCAUGCGACACAAUGCCAGUCUCUUUUCCACAAGUGCAUGGCCAUGCCGGAGAUAGUGCCAGACCCUACCGUCGUGGACGACCAGCUGGCACGCUUUUCUCUGUGGGCAUCAAACAUGGAUGUUUACGGGCCACUCAAUGUCUCGCUGGACUACAGGCUCCGCUUCAGUCCCACAGCUGCGGAUAUCAUACAUCAGCUCCUGGAUAUUAUUUGCGAUACCUUGCUCUCUUACGGACUGAAGAUCAAGGCUAAUGGGGGUCUCGACAUUAAAAUUGCUCUGCUUACACUGCAAAAACUUCCCAGCGAUGAAGAUGAGAAUGCGGAGAACGUCGACAGCGACCAACCGUUAGAGGAUGAUGAUGGGCCGGCCGAGGCUGUUAGAAUUACACGCGCAUCCAUGUACAGCGUACAGGACAACGAGGACCUGGGUUUCCAAGACGAUGACGCUGAGGCUGCAGAUGGCAAUGUAGACAUCAGUGCACAGGUGACAGUACUCGACCUAGAGGACAAAGACGACCUGGGUAUGACGAAGCUUCAGCACGCGGUGCAGGCCGGCGAUCUAGGCUUGGUCGAGUCCUUGAUCCAGAGCGGCGCAAGUGUAAAUUUUAGGGACGAAAAUGGCCAAACGCCCCUGCAUUACGCUGCGGAAAGGGGCUUCUUCGAGUGCAUGGAAGCCCUGGUCGAGCACGGUGCGGAUUUAUAUAUCAUUGACAACUCUGGAUUUUUCCCCGCUUCUUUGGGCCGUGGUUGCCGGGCAAGAGGGCGCAACUACGGGACUGUUAAAGUCUGCGCUCGCCCGGGCAGCCAGUCUGGGAUGACUGCUAAAAUGCUAGUUGAACACCGUGCCAGCAUAUCUGAUACCCGAAGUACGCAGCAGACUCUGCCUUUGGGAGAAGCGGCAGCUGCUGGCAACCUCCUUACUGUUCGAUUGCUCUUCGGACAUGGUGAGGAUCUGAACCAUCGUGAUUGCGAUUGUUGGUCCGCGAUACAUUGGGCAGCAGAGGAGGGCCAUCUGGAGAUUGUGCGUUUGCUGGACGCUGGAGCCAACCCCAACGCUGUCAACUCGUACGGGCAAGCCGACCCACCCAAGUCAACAUGCCACGGCUGGACUGCACUACACCACGCCGCCUUCAUGAGGCACUCCCAUGUCGUCCAGGCCCUCAUAGAAGACGACCGCAUACGAUCCACUGCCUCUCAGCAGGACAACCACGGCUACCUUCGCCAGGCUAUUACCUUAGGCAACAUCCCCAUGAUCAAACUUCUGUUCAAACUGGGUCACGAUAUCAAUGGCAUGAACUCUGGAAGGAAGACUGCGCUCUACUAUACCGCGAAGAAGCGCAUGCUUUCCAUCAUGGAACUGCUUCUUGAUCUGGGUGCGGACCCCAACAUUCUCCACGCGGGGCGGAAGAAUUCAUUUCGACUGGUGACGCUUUACUGCGGCUCAACCGAGCAGGAUACCGACUGA